AUGGUUGUCUCAUUUGUAUUCGUCACUGGCAACGCCAACAAGCUUAAGGAGGUCAAGGCGAUCCUUGCUGCCGGGGGAAGCGGGAUUGAGGUGACUGCGCGAGCUGUAGAUGUCCCCGAGGUACAGGGAUCCACGCAAGAGGUCGCACUGGCGAAGGUCAGAGCGGCGGCGGACAAGCUCGGUACAGCUUGUGUGACGGAAGAUACAGCCCUAUGCUUCGAGGCAUUAGGCGGACUUCCCGGCCCCUACAUCAAGGACUUUUUGGAGAAGCUGGGCCAUGAAGGCCUCAACACAUUGCUACAGGGCUUCUCAUCUACCCGCGCCACGGCACUGUGCACCUUCGCCUACUCCGCCGGACCGGGAACCACCCCGAUGCUGUUCGAGGGGUCGACCGAGGGGAACAUUGUUCCCGCACGCGGACCCAACAAGUUCGGGUGGGACCCAAUCUUCGCUCCGACCGAGUCGGACGGAAAGACGUACGCCGAGAUGGACGGCGAGGAAAAGAAUAAAAUCAGCCACCGGUAUCGCGCGCUCGAAAAGCUGCGGGUGUACCUGCAGCAGCAGGACGAUCGGUCGUGGGCUGGGCGGGGGAUGGGUGGGUAG